GAGACGACGAGUGCGAAUGUGCGCAGCAGGUGCAGCGCGGAGGGCGGCGCGCUGACGGCCGGCGCGCAGGCAUGGCCCGGCUGCGCGCGCUGCUGCUGGCCGCGCUGCUCGCCGCCCUCGCCCGCGCCCACGCCGCCCGCUUCGGCGACCGCCUCGCGCCGCGCGUGCCCGCGCCCUACUCGCCGCGUAGCGCGCCCGACCGCGCCGCCGACGCCGACGACGACGUCUACACCGACUACGACGAGCGCUACGACCCGCAUGAGGAUGCGCGCCCACCCCGCGACCCCGACCCGCCCAAGCGGCCCACGCGGACCGAGGCCCACCGCCUCGAGAUGAGCACCGAGUACUUCGUGAUCCCGGUGCGGCCGUCCCCGCGCCCCGCGCUCGCCUCGGCCCCGCGCGCUCCGGCCCCGGCCCCGCCGCCGGGCAACGCCACCACGGUCCCGCAGAUCGCCACCCCGCCGAGAAUCGGCCUGCUGCGGCCCGAGUCCUGGGCGGUUCCGAUCCUGGCCCUGUCGUGCGUCAGCAUGGCGGUCAUCGGCGGUUUCGAGGUGUUCGUGGUCUGGGGCGCGAGCCGGCGGGCGCCCAGCCAGCGGCACCUCCUGCUGGGUCAAACGCUGCUGUUCGGGCUGUUCGCGUGCGCGGCGGUGGCGGCGCUGCUCGCGGCCGCGCCCUCGGCGUUCACGUGCGGCGCCGUGCGGUUCGGCACGGGCGUGGCCUACGUCGUGGUGUUCGCGUCGCUGCUCGUCAAGUGCGUGUUCCUGCUGAGCCUGAACGGGGGCGUGUACCUGCCCGCGGCGUACCAGGGCCUGCUGCUGUUCUUCGCCGUGAUGAUCCAGGUGGCCAUCGGGGCGCAGUGGCUGGGCGGGUCGCCGCCGCGGGUGGCCCCGGGCGCGGCGCGCUGCGACUCCCCGCUGGCGUCGCUGCUGCUGUCGCUGUGCUACGCGGCACUGCUGGUGGUGGUGGUGUGCGGGGUGGCGCUGCGGUCGCGCGGCAUCCGUGACAACUACCGGGAGUCGACGCACAUCGCGGGCGCGGGCGGGGCGAGCGCGGCGGUGUGGGUGUGCUGGGUGGCGGCCGCGCUGGGCGCCCCGGAGCAGCACCGCGAGGCGUGCGUGGCGGCCGGCCUGCUGGGCACGUGCGCCGUGGUGUUCGCGCUCAUGUUCGCGCCGAAGGGCCGGCGGCUGGCGGCGCUGGGCCGGGAGGGGCGCUGGGACGCGGACCGCGAGGAGGGGCUGAGCUCGCUGGGCGCCGGCGGGUCGGGCUACUCGCCCUCGUUCUUCCACUUCAAGCCGGUCAAGUACGGCAUCGUGUCGGCGGCGGCGGCGGCGGCGCCGGCCCCGCCUCCCGUUCUGGAGACGAAGGACGCCUCCGCCCGGCCAGCCGAUCCGUAUGGGGCCGUAUUCACGGGCUCGCAACUGCACGCUCGCACCCCGCGCCCACCGCACCACUACCCUAUGCACCCUCUAACGCACUACCAAUUCAGCUAUCCACCCUCUUAUUACUAUGUACCGCCAGGCAUGAUGGUGCGUCCGGAGGAGGGCGUGUACACGAGCGUGGAGCCCACCUUCAGCAGCAACCCCAACGUGUUCUUCCGCACCGAACCCAUGCACGUCGGCAUGAUGUACUAGCCCUGGCAAACCAGCGUUCCGCCACGAACAGUGAGAUUUGACAGUGCAACUGCUAACGACUUACGGCGGUUCUACACAACCGCGAUGCCAUGCCCUAAAAACCCUCUCAUGGCGCAAGUGUAGAUCCCAAAUUACAACUACAUAUUUAUUGUUGGACCAUCUUUUCAAGUAACGUACAGAUAUGACAGUAAAAUAAUUUUUAAAAAUGUUCAUCACAUUUGAGGGCCACAGUAUUUUAAUAAGACGUUCAAAGUUAUAAUUAAAACAAAAAUUGUUUCUACUGGUAAAAAUACUACGAGUAAUAUGAAAUUACGAGAACUAAAACUACUGAAAAUUAUCUUUCAUAAUCAAGAUAUUUUUAAGGUUUAGACUGACUAAUUUUAGAUGAUGUCAUGUUGAAUGGAAUAACAACUUGUGUGAUGAAAUUACAUAAAGUGACCCACCCUGAUGUGUUUGUCAUAAAAUGAAACUAGUGAUAGGUAUUUUGUAAAUAAAGCUAUAAUGAUA